AUGUUGAAACAGCGGGACCAGUUUCCAAACCAGCAGUUACCCCUUGCCGACGACCAUUUAAUUGCCCUCCAGCACGAGCAGCGUCUAUCCAACCACCCCCACAGUGAGCGCUCCAAAGCCCCCUUGCACAACAGGCAUCCUACUCCUUUAAUUGAUAUUGGUGACUUAGUGUACCUUCAUUCCGAUCGGAACAAGUCUCGAGUCCGCGACCGCUACCUUGUUGUAACCAUAGAUCCACCAUUCUGCGACGUCAAAAAGUUCAUUGGAUGCCAAUUACGUAGCUCAUCGUACCGCGUUAAACUUACUGAGUGCUUCAAGGUACCUUCGGACUUGGCUGACCCCUUACAUGUUCCUCGCCUGUGCCGCGGACACGAUUCGGAUGACGAAGACGAUCCUGAUACCACACCUCACCCUCCACCCUCGCAUGCCUGA